UGAGCGGUUAGUAAUUAGUAAGAAAAUCAAGCCGCGCAUUCCGGAGCCGUCCGUCAUUUCUCGCCGGGAGCCAGCUGAGCGAUGGCCGACGGAGGAGGUUGUAGUGGAACUUCACAGCACAGCGGCUGGGUUCAUCGUGUUUUCUUCAGAGUGAUGCUUCCCAGUGUCGUUCGUGAAAAGAAGCUGAAGCUGCCAGCGAAAUUCGUGCGUGGGUACGGCGAUGAACUAUCGUCAAUGGCUAGGCUUUCGUUACCAAACGGCUUCAUAUGGAAGGUGGGCUUGGCGAAAACAGCAGCCGACGAGAUUUGGUUUAGUGAUGGCUGGGACUCAUUUGCAAGCUGCAAUUCAAUCAACUCGGGUUAUCUCAUGGUGUUCAAGUACGUGGGAUCGUCUGCAUUCGAGGUCGAGAUUUUCGACCAGAGCACUUGCUCAAUCCGCUAUGAUUCUGGUGGACAUUGUGUCAAUGCCCCACGUAGCAAGAGGCAGAAACGGGUGAAACACUGUGACUGUGUGCCUGCCAACAAGGCUGGAGUUGAUGAUGGUGAUGGUGGUAGUGAAGACCAGUAUGAUCUUGAGAAUUCGAAGCCUUUUCCUGGUAAAGGUGAGGAUGGUGGUGAUAGCGGUCACAUUGCUACCAGUCAAACUCCAAUUGCGAGGAGGAAAAACGGACCGAAAAGGAGGAGAACUCAGGUGAUUGAAAUUACUUCGAGUCCGGAUUCUCAAGUUGCAAGUGAGACUCUCGAAACUGGUGAUCCGGAGAAGCUGCGGAGCUGUUUAGCAGCAAAGGGUAUUCAUACAAGUAAAAAGUUGCCCCUUCUAUCACCCAGCUUGUACAAAAGCUGCAAGAAUGGGAUACAAGAAGCUAUGAAAUUGAAGCUAAAACGUCCUAGUUUCCUUGCUGUGGUGCAUUCAGUCGGCGUCAACAGAGCUGCCAGACCAUUCGUGAGCGACUGAGCGUUAUUAUCUGGCCAUAGUCCUAAACACAUAUUAAUUCAUUACAUUAAACUUUUGAUGUUUUAUUCACUUGUUUGUGUCAACUAUUUUGUGAUCCACGGUGGCAGACAAUACCAGCUUCGUUCAUGACAGACCAUAUUCGUGGAGAAUGUAAAAGCAUUACGCUCGAGGUGUUCAAAGGGAGAGGAGGGGUUAACAAGUGGAAGCUUGGGACAACAUUGAGAGCAUGUUCAGGGGCAGGGUUGCUUAUGGCAGUGGGAUGGACAGACUUUGCCAGUGAUAACAAUUUGGGGAUAGGGGAUGUUUGCCUCUUUCAGCUGACAAGUCCUGAGGAUCGUGUGAUGAGAGUCUCGAUAUUUAGGGCUUUACCUGGAGUAGAAGAAGGGGAAGAGAUGAUAUCAUUAGCACCAGUAUGAGAUGUUCCAUUAGCAUGUUGUUGAAGAGGGUUUAGGGUAGAGCCUAUAUUAGGAGAAGUACAGAGGGUACUCUUUGCUUCUUCUUUUUUCCCCCCUUACUUUUUACUGGAUGAUCAACCAUUUUGUAGCCAGGCACACAAGAAAGCAAUGAUUUUUUUGUUGAAAAUGAAUUCCCAUUUUAUGGCCUAAGUGAUAUAGGCUUGAUGAGGUUGCCUGCUACCAACUGACGGAGCAUCUGUGAUGGAAGGUCUGGUAAUGGGUCGAACUUUUGGUGUGCUCCUCUGUUCACUGGGG